GACUGCUACAGAAUGACGAACAUAUUUGGAAUAUAUUUGAUGGUAGCCACGGCGGUCAUUGCACAGGGAUACAGGAAAUUUGGUCUUACCUGUGAAGAUAUAGAAUGUAUAUCGGGUAAAAAAUGCAUCGUAUCCAGGGUGCCCUGCGAGAAUCCAGACCAACAAGAAGGGGAGCAAUGUGGAACCUAUCCGGAGUGCAAAGCAGAUCAGCUGGCCAGCGAUUUCUCCAUCGACACCACACUGACCAUCGCCAACACCCGCAACAGCAUCAUCAUACCCAACACCAUCACCACCACGAAUCGCAAUCGGACUUAUGGGGAUAAUGACUUUGAGCUGCUGACCGACUUCAGCAAUCCCGAUAAAUUGGCAUCGCAUGCGGGCCAACGGCAGGCAAACGUUUUGGUUAUUGUUCAGGAUGGCCCGCAGCAGCCACCACGUCAAAAUCCCUGGCCGAAUCGGGGACAAAGCGCUCCCUGUGCCGUCAACCCCCUGUAUCCGUAUUCCUGCAAUUACCCAGGCCACGUUCCCGGUUCUGGCCCGGGAUUACCUUCUUAUCCGCAGGCGCGGUCGCCCAAUGGUCCAAAAUUAGUUCCGCCCACGCCACCUUGCUACUACAAUUGCUAUCCCAGAGUGCGGUCUAGUCCGUACGCUCAGUAUGGAUAUCCCCUCGCUAGAUCGGCCAACCCCUCAUCCACCAACAACUAUUUAAUCUACCUCACAUUAGCUGGCUAA